AUAUUCUUUCUACUUGGUUUAAGUUGGUUAUUGCUGGAUAUUUUAUUGCUUCCAGGGUGUCUCAGGAAACCUCAAACUUAUACCCCCUCAUUAAUCUCAUGGCAUACAGUAUAAAAGAGUGCAGAGUUGUUCUGCACCAGCUCUCAGAUGCUGCAGUCAGGAGUGGCUGGUGCCCUGAGCAGAGCCUCAUUCAAGCAGCAACUGACGUGUGCAAACUCGAGCCUGAAGUAAUGGAGGGCAGCACCCCCAGCUCAUCCUUACCCUCCAUCAUGACCGUUUACAUCAAAGAGGAGCCUGAAGAUGAGGGAGAGGACAUAACUGUGAAGGAUGAACCACUUUGCAGUGAAGAAUAUGAGCAAACUCCACUUCCCUCAUCUUGCAAGCCGUGCAAGAAAGAGUUUCAAGUUGAGGCUCACGAGGCCUGCACCAGCACCUCACAGUACACUGCUGCCGUGCCUCAUAAGCAG